AUGGAUUCAAAUUAUCCUUUUCCAAGCUACCUUCGCGAUAGUCCUUUAUAUAAAUACAAUCAAAAUAAUACAUAUUCAUGCAUUACCUUACCUACUCGUUGGAAUCCUGAUGACUGUGGUCCUUGUGUUGUAGUCAUUGAUGAAAAAAAAUUAACAGUUAAACAUACUGGUCCGGGUACUAAUCCAAUAGAAGCUGUUUCAAUUCGUGCAAAUAAUCAUAUCCCACCAGAAGUCGGCUUAUAUUAUUUCGAGAUGACAAUUAUGGAUCGCGGUGAUCGAGGAUAUAUUGGUAUUGGUCUUAGCAAGCUCGGAACUCCUCUCAAUAAAAUGCCAGGAUGGGGAAUAGACACAAUUGGAUAUCAUGGAGAUAAUGGUCGUUUAUAUCGUGAACGUGAAAGAGGUGUAAAUUUUGGACCUCUUUAUACCACCGGAGAGACCGUUGGUUGUGGAAUUAAUUUUUUUGACAACGAAAUUUUUUUCACAAAAAACGGUAUCCUCCUAGGUAAAGAAUUAUUGUUUAAACUUGAAAAGAGGAUAUAUCCCACAUGUGGGAUGGCAAGUCCAAACGAAUGUGUAUUGGUUAAUUUUGGCACCGAUCCUUUUAUAUUUCCCAUUGACCUCUAUGCAAAGAGAAUGUUUUCUAAAGCCGAAAAAUGUAAAUGA